AUGUUGUUCCUGCAGCUUUUCUCUGCUUUGAUUUUCUUCAGCCAAGGCCAAGGAGUGGCUCCUUACUCACUGCAGAACUGUAUGGUCCAUGGAAAGUGGAGCAAAACGAUAAAGGUGCUGUGCUAUCAUCAGAACUUGUCACAAGUCCCAAGUGAUCUUCCCUGGAAUGUAAGCAGCUUAGAUCUGUCUGAGAAUCGGAUUGCAAGCCUGAGGCAGAGUGACUUCAGCAAACUGAGUCUGUUGCAAGUCUUGAAUGUUUCUCAGAACCAAAUUCAUCUAAUUGAAGAAGGCACUUUUACUCACACAAGUAGCCUAAAGAUCUUGAACCUCACUUCAAACCAGCUGAGAGUUCUUUCCAGCUCUAUGUUUGAUGGGCUGGGGAAUCUUACAGUCUUGCUACUUAGGAAAAAUAAUAUUGACAGGAUUGAGCCAUCUGCCUUUGCCCGCCUGAUGAAGUUAAAGGUAAUUGAUUUAUCAUCAAACAAGUUACGUUCUCUGAAUGCUUUGGAUGUUGUGUUUAAGGUAAAAUCUUUGGAAGAGCUGCACAUAAGAGAGAACAAUAUAACACAUUUCACGACCAAAGAUAAUGUGCCCAUGUGGCUUCGUGAACUGGAUGCAUCCCAUAACCCAAUCUCUUUCAUUGAUGUUGCAACUGAUGCUUUGUAUAGACUUCUUUCACUGGAUUUAUCUUUCUCUGGCACCCAUAACCACAUUACAUGGAUUAUACAAGACCCUUGUUUCCUGAAAGGGUUAAAGAGAUUAUAUUUAGGAGGGAUAUUUAUGACACCACUAGACAUAUUGACUGUGGUUCAAAAACUGAAUUGCUCUUUGCUAGAGGAGAUCCACCUAAAUGAGUUGAACUUGACUGAUUCUGACAAUCUCAUAGAAAAGGUAUGCCUUUGGCACCGCAAUGUCAAGACUCUUAACUUACAAGGCAAUAAAUUUGAAAGCAUUAAAGGAAUUGUCUUUGAAAACUGCACUCAUCUAUGGCAUUUGGAUCUGGCACACAACAGGUUAAAAGUGGUGCCGUGUAUAUCUUUUCAGCCCCUGAAUUCUUUACAGAGUCUUUCCUUGGCAAACAAUGAGUUCACUGAAGUACCAAAUGCAACUUCGAAUAUACUGUCUCUGAAAAGUCUGGAUCUCAGCUUUAACCAAAUUAGGGAAAUUGUCCCAAAUGACUUUGCCAAUCUAAAGAACCUGGAGCACCUCACUCUAGCUGGAAACAGAAUCACUAAGAUCAACUCAGAUUUGUUUCCGGAUCUACACAAUUUGUUGGAAUUAAAUUUGGGAACGAACCUCCUUUUGGAAAUCUCACGACCUUUUUCAGAUAGUUUAGGGAAGCUGGAAAAAAUGGAACUAGCAGGAAAUAAGAUGAGCUCCAUCAAGAAAGAAACUUUUAGGAAUCUGACUUCUCUGCAGUUUCUUAGCCUGCUGGACAACCAAAUUAGCACAAUAGAACCUGGAGCCUUUGAAGGUCUGAGCCACCUGCAGACACUGCUUCUUGGAACUAAUAAGAUCACCAAGGAAACUUUGCAGAAAGGCAUCUUCCAGGGAGUAAACUCAUUGGUUGACCUUCAGCUUUUUGAAAAUUACAUCUCCUAUGAGACAUCUGAAGAACUUGACAACCCUCCCUUCAUUCUCCUGAAGUCCUUAAAAUAUCUCUCUCUGAACAGCCAACGUCACAGAGGGCUUCUGAAUUUCCCAUCUAACUUCUUGCAGGGGUUGGAAUCAAUAGUGAGAAUCCAUGCAGGCAACUUGCCCAUCACUGAUUUGGAUCCAGCCACCUUUAGUUACACCCCUACGCUCCAAGAACUGGAUUUGAGCUGUAAUCCUAUCAAUCCCAUUAGCCCAGCUCUGCUCCAGCCUGGACCGAAGCUGACAGAGCUACAUCUCAAUAAAAUAGGGCUGCAGUCUCUUGAUUUUGUUCUCCACGUAAACUUUUCUAAGCUGUCCAUACUCAGGGUGUCUGGAAACAAACUAAAUGUAAUUGAACUUAAACACAUAAGGGCUUUACCUUACCUUACCUUUUUGGAUCUUAGACAAAAUCCUUACACUUGUUCUUGCGAUAACCAAAUGUUCCUCAGUUGGUCUCUUCAUGACUUAAAAACUCAAGUGCUCUAUUUCUACCAGUACACCUGUGCUUUCCCACUUGCCAGUAAGGGAAGGAAACUAUGGGCCUUCCACACCUCCUCCUGCACAGUCAACCAUGAGUUUAUCCUGUUUGUUACGAAUACAACCACAAUUAUUUUGCUGAUGAUAGUAUGCAUCUGUUUUCGCUGGAGGUGGCAAGGGAUUUAUGCUUACCACCUGCUACUUGCCUAUAUUCAUGACAAGAGGUACAAAAGGAUGAGGCAACAAACAAAAUACGACUAUGAUGCGUUUGUCUCCUACAACACGCAUGACCAGGAGUGGGUGAUCAAUGAGCUCCUUCCCACACUGGAAGACAAAUACCACUGGAGGCUAUGUCUGCACCAUCGUGACUUUGAACCAGGGAAGUGCAUCCUGAAGAACAUUGUGGAAAACAUCUAUGCCAGCAGGAAGACCAUUUGUGUCAUAACCCGCCACUACCUGGAAAGUGAGUGGUGCUCUAAGGAGAUCCAGAUAGCCAGUUUUCGCCUCUUUGAUGAACACAAGGAUGUCCUGAUCCUGAUUUUCCUGGAACAGAUCCCCAGUGGUAGUCUAUCAUCCUACCACAGAAUGAGAAAGCUGGUGAAGAAGAAAACAUACCUCAUGUGGCCCCAGGAGGAGAAGGAGAUUCCACUGUUUUGGCAUAAACUCAACAUGGCCUUGAAGACAAGUGAGGGGAAAGAGGAUGAAGAUCCUAUUUUGUCUGGGAUCAUUCCAGAUGAAGAUCAGUAAAGACAGUGGCCUGCGGUGACUCUCUCUGUCUGCUUAUGACAUUUCUGAUGGGGCCAUCUCUGCGAUUUCUAGAUAUCAGCCUGGAUAUUGAAGACACUAAUGUCCAGUAUUUGAAAUUAUUUGGCUUCCCCUCACUGCAGAGGACUGUGACAGUGGCACUUGCAUUACAAAGAGGUUAGUACUAAAACCACCUGCACAUUGCCAGGCCACGGUUGAGGCUUAUAGACUGUGCCAGUGACUGUAUGUGUGUGUGAAGCUUGCAUUGAUACUAUGUGUUUUUGUACCUGUUCUGUGGCUAAACAGAAGCCUUGAGUCUGCAGGGCCAUCAAGCUUAAUUUACUGAAAUUUGUUAAUUGGGUUUUAAUGCGCUUUAAAAAUGUAAAAGAAAGAAAGAAAGAAAGAAAGAAAGAAAGAAAGAAAGAGCUCAGUAGCAAAGCUAAGUAAUUGUGAACCAAAGAGAGCAAACCUGGG